AUGUCCUCACGAAGUACUCGUAUCUCCACUGCUAUUGAUAGCUUAGUGCGCCGAUUUCAGGUUGAUAUACCUGGAGAAGACCCUGCAGAUGCGGAGGAAAGGGAAAGCUAUGCUGUCGACUUUGUACGGGAGAUCUUAAAGAGUUCAAGAACUCCGGCUGUUGUUGCAGAUGUAAACCAAGCUUCAGAUUUAAUAAAGAAACGAUUAAUACAAACAAACCCGAGCCCAAAUGAAGCUCUACGAUUUACGAACCUUUAUAGCCGACUCCUUUCUAUACCGGUCAUUACACAAAAAUGGGCAGUGCUUUACUUUCUAUACCAGCUAGGAGAUCGAGAGCAGCUUAGACCUUCUGGAUUGACGAGCCCUUUUAUGAGUCCGAUAAAAAAAAAGAAAUCAAAUAAAAACAUCGAAGUUCAAGACACUGCGAGUGCUGCUCCUCUCAGAGACACACGUCGAAAUUUCCAAACAGAUGGCACUUUUGAUUCCCAAAGUCAAACAUCGCGAGAGGAGAGAGAAUUCGACGAUGCUUUUGCGCCUACCGGGUUAAAGAAAUUGCCGGAACGAGAAGGGGGCCAGAGAGACAGAAGAGAAGAAGAGCAGGUGUUUGUCAAGACACCAAUCAGCCAACGUGAGGGUGUCGCAUUAAAGACGGCUCUGCUGGCGGAAAACUAUGUCGAAAUUGAUCCACCGGAAACCGCAUUACUGAGGGACUUACCGUUUACAUUGCAAGGCCUAUCUUCAUCAAAUUUGCCAUUUGAUUCUAAGUCGAGCCUCAGACUACCAGAUACUUUACCCGUACCCAUAAUCUCGAUCCUCCAUACACUGGCUGAGCCAUCGUUACUCUACAGAAGUCUGUCAGGGUUUGUGCAGACCAGCGACGGUGGUCUACUCGGACAAAGUCUACGAGCCGCUAUUGCCGGCGAGCUUAGGUCAUAUCUUGGGCUUGUAGCGACGUUAGAAGGUCAAAUUCGACGAGCACUUUCAUCACUAGACGAAAAUGAGCCUAGAGGAGGAAUUGGAAAGGCCGGAGUCACUUUGAAGAGAUGUGUAGUAUGGACCCGAGAAGCGACGAUGGGCUUGAGGUUGAUGAGUUUAAUAAGUGAAGAAUCGAAAAGUAAAAAGGGCGGUCAACUCAUUACGUUAAUCCAUGGAUUCUCGUCGUCGCAUGGGGAUCCAAUGGUAGGAGCUUUUGCCGAACGCUUAUUGAUUCAUGUUACUCGGCCUUUUUACGAUAUGCUUCGCCAUUGGAUAUAUGACGGGGAAUUAUCUGAUCCUUAUCAUGAAUUUUUUGUAUCAGAACAAGAUCCCAAUGUGAUUCAAGAGGCCCAAGAUGGUAGAAGUCGUGGAGGUGCUAGUAGUGUAUGGGAAGACAAAUACAAACUUAAUGAAAAUAUGGUACCGAGUAUCAUUACUCAGGAUUUUGCUCAAAAGGUCUUUCUAAUCGGAAAAUCUUUGAACUUCAUUCGCUAUGGUUGCGGAGAUUCUCAAUGGGUAGAAGAGUACUCAAAAGAUGCUUCAAAAGAACUACGGUAUGGUGACACCGCAACACUGGAGACAUGGAUUGAUGAAGCCUAUAAGACGACUAUGGCUCGACUAACCCACCUAAUGUCGGAGAAAUUCCAUCUAUUCGACCAUCUCAAGGCUCUCAAGAACUAUAUACUUCUAGGACAAGGAGAUUUCAUUGCUUUACUCAUGGAAUCUCUCGCAUCAAAUCUCGAUCGUCCCGCCGGUGCCCAAUACCGACACACUCUCACUGCUCAACUUGAGCACGCUAUCCGUGGCUCUAAUGCCCAAUAUGACUCCCCCGAAGUUCUCCGCCGUCUCGAUGCUCGCAUGUUGCAACUCUCACAUGGUGAUAUAGGUUGGGAUUGUUUCACCCUUGAAUAUAAAAUCGAUGCCCCUGUUGAUGUCGUCGUCACCGAAUGGGGCAACCGCCAAUAUCUCAAAGUCUUCAACUUUUUAUGGCGUAUUAAACGCGUCGAAUUUGCCCUUUCUACCACCUGGCGCAAAUGUAUGACUGGCGCCCGCGGCGUCCUCCUUGGAUCUCCCGAUCCAGCCUUCCAUCAAUCGUGGAAGCAAACUCGUGGUGUCCUCGCAGAGAUGAUUCAUUUCAUCGCACAACUCCAAUACUAUAUCCUCUUCGAGGUGAUUGAGUCCUCUUGGGAUGAACUUCAAUCUGCGAUACACAAAGAUGGCUGCACACUCGAUGAUCUCAUCAAGGCGCAUACUAGAUAUCUCAAUUCCAUUACGCACAAGGGGCUGCUAGGUGCCAAGAAAAAGCAUUCCAAUGACCUUGAUGAUAAUACUUUCAUGGUUCAGCUAGGCGAGAUUCUUAGAUUAAUGCUCUCAUAUCGUGAUGCAGUUGAUGGCCUCUAUUCCUUCAGCGUAACCGAAUACUCUAAACGUCAGAGCGCCAACUCUCCCUCCAUUGUCCCACCAGGCACAACCACCUCCUCUCGGCCCGGAACUCGCUUCGACGAUUAUCCUCCCCCUAAAUCUCCAUUCGAAAACCCCAAUCCUGCACUGCUAAACCUCAAUCUGUCGAAUAUCCAAGGCGAAGAAGAAGAAUUCCCCUUACUCACCGAAAGAUUAAGUGGUUUGGGAAUGCAGUUCAAAACCAGAAUUUCACUGUUACUAGGAGAUUUGGCAUAUCAGCCGGAUACUGAUAUGAGGUUCUUGGGUGUGGUGAUGAAUUUUAAUGAUGUGUAUACAGGUGUUAGAAAGAAGAGUAACCGAGAAAAGGAGAGGGAUAAAGAAAGGGAAAGAGAAAGGGAAAAGGGAAAAGGAAAGGCCAGGGAAGGAAGAUCUGGAGAGGGAAGUGUGAGAGAAAGAUAA